GGUGUGUUUAUUUUGUCAUUGUUGAAGCCACAGAGAAAUAAAAUUGUCCUAUGAUAUCAAGUGAGUGGGUCUUCUUAUCCAUCGUGCACUGAGGAUUUGUUUAAUAUUCGUUGAUACGUGAUCGGUGUACGAUAUCAAAAUUGUACACUGUCUGUAGCGUGCAGGCCCUGGCCUGAAGUACUUCGAGCAUGUCGAUGGUGUACGUGUAUGUAGGCCUACACAUCCGGCCACCACCUCAGAUCUAAGAAUGUGUAUAACCUUGCGCUGAUGCCUGCCGGGCUGGUCACUGUGCCCUGUCGGUACACAUGUAUGCUAAUCACGACACCCUUGCCGGCUGCCGACUGCACGGGCUUGAUGACUCCACAAAUCACUCUAGCCUCACAAUCGCCGAAUGUUGGCUGCUCGACCACACAGUUUGCUCCCAGCUGUCUCUGCACAUACAUUACAUGUACAUGUAGGGCACAUGCACAAAUUUGGGGUUUGUGUAUACAUGUAGGUUCUGAAUGAUCCAGCACCCUCUUCAUUACUUUCCUGAGGCUUGAUGUGGCCUGCAUCAUGUUGAGACAGACUGAGGAGCUGAGCGGUAGCUUGGAGAGUUUGAACCAGCUGGACAUGCACGAGAAGCUGGAGAAGCAUCAGAAGAGGCGGCUGAGCUGCCCACAGAUCGCUUUCACCUCCACCCUCUUGCCGACCACGCCCACCCGCAAAAAGUCCCUGGUGGAGGACUUGGGUGUGCAGAAGGUGGAAGAGGAGACUCUGGAGGAGUGCAAGGAGGCGGAGGACAACGUCUUUGCGGAGGCCGUCGAGGCGGUCCUGCAAGAAGGCUACGAGAACAACGGCGGGUUCGAGGAUGAGGAGGACUGUCGCAAGCACACAGACUUCUUGCUCAGCGUCAUGGAAUCGCAGCAGCGGAAGCGGCGGGGCAGCUCCAAAUCACACUGGGAUGACAGCGAGGAAGGCGACACCAAGAUCGACGAGGACGUGGAGAACGACAUGGGCAAGCGGAUCCUGUGGGCGGCCGAGAACAAUGAGACGGAGAUCGUCAAGGAGCUGCUCGCCCAGCAGGCGGCGUUGGUGAACGCCUUGGAUGAGGACCGCUACACGCCGUUGCACCGCGCCGCCUACAAUGGCCACGCCUCCAUGGUGGAACUGCUGCUGCAGCACAAUGCCAACAUCAACGCCAGGACGGAGGAUGGCUGGUGCCCGCUGCACUGCGCCUCCCGGUGGAACAACGCCUCCGUCGUCUCUGUCCUCCUGCAGAACGGCAGCGACAUCAACGCACAAACUAACGGCGGCCAGACUGCUCUCCAUCUGGCUGCCUCCAACAACGAAGCCAAGGACUGCCUACAGCUGCUGCUGAUGAACCGUCACAUAGACACAACCAUAUUAAAUGCGGCCAAUGAGACAGCCUACGACAUUGUCAAGAGAGUUGGCCGAUUGUCCUACUUGUUUGAGAUGACAGAGGACAGCAUGCAGCCUUCUGGUAGCUGAUGGUUUGUAAAAGCAGAAGAAGAAAGUCUGUAGGGGGAAGUGAAUUGGAGCCAAGCUCUUAUCAUUGUAUAUAUGUGUAUUUAAGUGCUUAUUUAUGUACAACAUAUAAAAUGUUAAAACAUUCAAACGUAAAAGAUCACCAGCUUUCAUCGGGCAAAAGGUCACUACAUUAAAGUGGUUAAAGAAUUUGCCCAUAUUUUGACAAACUCAGGUUAAAUUUCUGAAAGUUUCAGUGCUUUUUAUGUGUAAGUUCCAACGGCCAACAGUGACCUUGAUUUUUGUCGAAAUGAACUCAGUCAAUUUGCUCCAGGCAGGCUUACUGUAGUCCUUGUACUGUACCUUGUCUGCAGCCUAGAAUAACAUUUCGCUGUUGCCAUAGUUAAUUGGUCAGAGAAACUGAAUUGCUUUGUCAUUCCCGACAGUUGUCAUGAACGCCGCACCGGACAGUCACUAAUUGGUCAAACUUUCAUACAGUCCGAAGUCAGUUUACAACAAGCUGUCUGCGGGAAUUCUUGAAAAGGCAUUCCUGCCAGUACUUUGGUGUGUUUCUGCCUUAUUGUCAGUAUUAAACCUGAUUUGUAGGAAUAAAUGACCUGUGAUUGGCUGGAUAACAAUUCGAUCCGUUUCCCUUUUGCAAAUGGCGGACCUAAACUUAGUAAGUAGGUAGAAAAAAAUCCUGUAGUACCUGUCAAUUUUUUUGUUCGAAAGUUGGGAAAUUGGGGAUUAAACACAAACGUUCCAUGUUUUAUUUUUUUACGGGGUCGGUUCCAUGACUUCUGUUUAAACCAUUUUGAGCUGUGCAAAAUCGUUUUGCCAACACAAGUUGUUUUAUCCAGUUACUGUCCGGGAAACUGGACCAGCCGAUUUCAUUUUCCCUCACACAAUCACAAAUUCUCCAGUAUGGAUUAGUCAUUUGGUUUGUUUUUAUGUUCUCCGUGCACUGUGAUAAUCACCACAGUCCACAAAUGCGUGUAGAGGUUGCAUCUCAAGUGGAUCCCUGCUUCCAAAGGUCGCCCUGCCCAUUCCAUUUCCCCCCUAAAACCAAAAAAGGGUUUGUUCCAAAUGAUGUGUAUUCGUCUGCUGAAUUAAUUUACCCAGAUAAGUUGAUGUCUUUCACUGAAAAGGAAUGGCCAUGUGUGCAUUUUCUUGUACGAUGCAGCGGUGUGGUUUUGUGAGAGUAUUUUGAGAGUAUUAGGGGGUAUAAUGUUUUGAAAGUCUUCCUGGAGUUUGUAAGAUUGCCUUUCUAGUUGACAUGCUGCAGAAAAAGGAAGGCGGGAUGUGUUAACAAGAAACAUGUGCAACGGUUAACAGGGCAUAACGUUAUUGAUGGACAAAGAAUACAGCGAACGGCAGUUAAGUUUAGCUGACGGAGAGGCAAGUAUGUUUUUACAUACAAGUUCAUGUACGUGAAUGUUUAAAGUAGCCAACGGCCUUGAUUUAGAUUUCACGAUUAUCCAACACUGGCAGAUUUUUUCUACGGAUUUGUAAUGCGAUUCGGUACAUGCAUGUCGUACAUAAUUUGCUUCCCGUGUCCUUGUACCACAAGUUGUUUGAAAAUUGUACGCCUCUGCAGGACCUUUUUGGCAUGCAGUACAUGUAUGUUGUCGCUGUCAACCCAGUGGAUCCGUUAAUCGCUGGAUUGCCAUACGUGUAAAAUCCAAAAGUUGUGCAUCACCUGCACCAGUUGCCUAGUCUAGUCUUUGAACUGUUUGAUGUAUGAUGUCAGCGUUGUAGAUUAGAAAAGUUGCAACUUGUCAAAUAUGAGCAGACAAAACUCACUGCAAAAUAAUUAUGGUUUCAAGUUGUCCAGUUAGUGUAGUUGUAAUCUUGGUCAAAACCAAAUUUGUGUUUAUAAACUCAUAUUCGCGAUCUCCAUUGCAGUGUCAUUAAAUCAUUCUCCAAUCUUCA